AUGUGGGGUGUGGUGAGCAGUUCUGACCCCGAUUCUUCUGCGAUCUCCAGCGAGAGUGGCAGUCUAAGCCCCGCAGCUGCAGACAUGAUGGUGCGACUCGCGGUGGCAGUGCGAGGAACGUUUGCUGAAAUGCGGGGGGAACAGUGGCCCCACCGCGGCUCGGUGUGUUCCAAGCGGCUUCAAGAUCGGAUACAGCGGGACUUUCCAGAAGAGUAUGAUGCGAUUGUUAACAGUAUCUACGGCCGCUCGUGGAAAAGGUAUUUGGCAGCACGGGCAGGCAUUCUAUCUUUUGAGGAGGACUAUGGCGCGUCACAACCCGACACGGAAUGGCUGCUAGCGACAGGUGUACUGCGGUGCUAUCUACGCACAGAAGAUAUCCAACGUGUGAGGGAGGCGGAUGUGAUUCUGGGACGCUUGGUGCGUGAUAAGUGCCGGGGGGAUCUGGAGAACAGCUGCCGCACCAUUAUCAUGGAAGAGUUUGCCGCGUUGCUCUUCCGCCGAUUCAUGGGCGAUGAAAGUGCUAAUGAUUCGGCUUGUCACAUGGCAGAGGAGAUGACAGGUGAAGCGAGUGAUGAAACGGAUGACAAAAAUUUCUCUGUCGGGGACUACAGCCUCGGCAGCCUGGCGCUCUGGCAGUCGAUUUUGUGCAGACUGUGGCUGCGGCCGGCGGAGGGCAGAAGGGUGCGUCUGCGUGACCUGCGGCGGCCGUGCCAGCAGCUUGGUUUUCAUAUUCGGCUGCGGUGCCGCUGGACUGAGCUACUCGGCAACAACCUACUGCAACGUUACAUCCGCUCCUGUGUCCUCCGCGUGUUGCUCAACGCUGUGGCUCCCCCCUUGGAGCCGGCCACGGGCAGUCCCCCAGACGAGAUGAAUGGCGCGCUAGUGCUGAGGUUUGAUGUGCUGCUUGGAGAAUACAUCCUGAUACUUGAGGAAAGUAGGAUGUGGGGCAGAAUCCCGCCCAUUAUAGGGCACUUUUUGCGCCAAGAGUAA